AUUUUGAAUCGUAUUAUUCCGUCGCCAAAGCUUUGCUCCUCGCUUCCGCUUUCCCCUUUCUGCUGGUACAAAACGCUACGUUUAAAAAGCUACAGAUAUCGCAACUUUUGCAUUUGCAAGCUGCUGGGAAUUCGACAUCCACCUCGUUGGAUUCUGUGGAUCCGUUCGUAUCUCAUUUCUCAACCAUAGGUGUCAAAUCUAAUUCAGCAUUUGCAAUCCAUUGUGUUGAACUUGUCGUUUGUCUGAUUCAGGCCUAAACCUAGGAUCUGCAAAGUUCGAAUUCUAUUGUAUGGAAUCUUAUGCGGAUCUCGCUCUCGGAUCCUGAGUUCAAGCGGAAAUGGAUGACGAUAAGAAGAAGAAGAAGAGGAAUAAGAAAAAGAAGAACAAAUUGAUCGAGGCGACGGAUGUGGCCUUAAGCGGUGGAGAAACUGCAUCUGUGAAUGAGAGUAGCGUCACCGGUGGUCGGAAUGCGAUGAAUGGUAAUGUACAAGAUACCGAGAUGGAUAUGGACGGGCACCACCAGCUCAGUGGAACGGAAGGCAGAAUCUCAGAACAGCUGAAAAAUGAAACUGAUUCAUACAGACAGGAGCAGGCUACCUUAGAUGAGGCAAUCAAACAAUUACAAGAAAAAAAUGACUCAUAUAUGAAAAAGCAGGUUGACUUAGAAGAGAGAAUCAAACAAUUAGAAAUGGAAAAUGAUGUGCACUUAAAGAAUGAGCAGGCUAUCUUAGACGAGACAACCAAACGAUUACAAGAAAAAAAUGAUUUAUAUAUGAAAAAGGAGGUUGCCUUAGAAGAGAGGAUCAAACAAUUAGAAAUGGAAAAUGAUGUGCACUUAAAGAAAGAGGCUAUCUUAGAAGAGACAAUCACAGGAUUAAGAAAUGAGAAUGCCUCAUGCAUGCAGAAAGAAGCAAUCUUAGAAGAUACAAUCAUAAAAUUACAAAAUCAAAACAGUUUGCAUAUUCAAAAAGAGGCUGGUUUGGAGGAAAAUAUUAGUCAGUUACUGGAGGAAAUUGCCACUCUGCAACUGAAAGAGCUUGCAAGCAAAGAAACAAAUGCUCGCCUGAAUGAUGAUAUCACGACACUACAAAUGCAGGUUGUGGAGUUGGAAGAAUCCAAGAACGAUCUCUCAAAAGAAAACCAACAGCUAAUUGAAAAUGUAAAGAGGCUGCAGAUGGAGCUUCAAAGUCUUGACAAAUCCAUUUCCUCUGCUCACUCAGCAUAUGAACCUAGAAAGGCUGCUUCCAAAGAGGAGCUCAACUCUCAAAUUGAAGCAGCAUGCGUCCUGGUUGAGAAGUUGAUCACAGAAAACGCAGAGCUUGUCGAGAAGGUGAAUGAAUUGUGUAUUAAGAUAAACAAGCAAAGCAUGUCUGCAAUGCUUUCUUCAUCUACUGAGGGUCCUGAUCCUCAGCUUGGAAUGGCUGAGAGUGAGAGGGCGGCUGAUCAUAUGUCUAUACCAAAUGGAAAUAUGUACGUACCUGGACAGGAGCUGGAGUCUGUAGAAGAUGCAUUCGUCCAACAUGAGAAAAUUGAUGAUAGUAAAAAUGUGGAGGUUGCUGACAUGUCAUCAAAUCCUAGUGAAGGAGAAUCUGGAGAAAUUGUGCACAUUAUGUCAGAUGCUAAUGAAGUUCAGGUUUUGGAAUCAGAGGCUGUUGAGAGAGAGAAACAGGCAGCAGUGGCACUCUCAGAUGCUCCACUGAUUGGUGCUCCUUUCCGGCUGGUGUCAUUUGUUGCUAAAUAUGUUAGUGGAGCUGACUUGGCAGCGAAGAAUUCUUUAGACAAGUCAGUAAAUUUAAGUUAGCCUGUUAGUAUGAUAUAUAUAUAUAUCUUUUUUGGUCGUGCACAAGUAAUACAGGUUGGAGGUAGAGAAAGGUAGGUCUAAUUGGGCCAUUUUGUAUUCUUUUAUAGUGGGAAUAUAUAAGUUACCUGGAGGGAGGAAAAGAAAGCCAAUGAAGGAAAAAAAUAGCAAAUCAGAUUCCCUAGUUUUAACGGACUAGAAGCUCGCAUUGUAUUAUUUCUUUGACCAUGGUGGCCUUAAAUUGAAUGAUACGGUCUUGAUCCUGACUGCAUAAAGUUGUGUGAAAUUUGAUGA